AUGUUGAACCAAUCUUCGAACAGAGGUCAUCAACAUUUCAUUGAACUUCCACAAGAUAUUCUUAGUACUCUCGACCAGAGCCAAAAUGGCAGGAGACAUCCGAAUAGCACCGAUGUUCCAUGCAAGACCUCAAGAAAACGCCAAGACACAGAAUCUUCUUGGACCGAAAUAUCUAAUAUCUUUCAAAACCUUGACGUCGAAGACUGUUUGAAGGAAGACAGUGAGGUCGAAAAUAAUGAAGAAAAUCCCGAGCCCAAUGCUGUCACCCUGGACACUUGCGAACUAGAAGGAGAAUCCUUGCAGAUGAAGAUGAGCAUGAUGAUCUUCUAUUUCUUUGAGGAUCUUCAUCGAAUUCAAAAUUUUCUACAUGGAAUAUGGAAAAGAUACAAGGAUAAAACGCUGGAUCUGCUCAGCGCUACCUUGAUAACAAACACUGCAUUUGAGUUAGUUCGUCGCAGUGAACAGGAAAUCCUAGGCAAUGCACCAAAGUUAUUCUCAAAGAAACGAUCUUAUGACACCAUUGCAGCUGUCAUCUUCUACGCAAACGGACUCGAUACUGGGAAGGAUCCUACACAGAAAAUGGAUCUAAAGGAAUGGCCACGGCCUACACCAUUUGACGACUUCAUAUAUCUAUCUACCGCUCGCAUUUUGAUGAAAUACGAUAACCUUUGGAAGAUGGAAGCCGCCUAUCCCAUUCCCUCACUUCCGUUACGGGCUGGCUACAUCUCAUGUCCGGAAAUCCUGGGAACUCCUUAUAUGAAUAAAAAAGAGAAGGAGGAUGUUUUACUUUCACAACUCGUCAUUGAUCUCGACCUGUUCGACACAUAUAAUAGACUGACGAAAGAAGAUGAAAUUCGAGGUCCAACACUAUAUGCACCCCCAGCCGCAGAUGCUUUGACUGCUGGCUUACGGAAAUUAAAAAAUGAAGGACGCGAGGAUUGGGGGAUAUUAGCUUGCAAAGGCCGACGUAGUCUAGAUUCCUGUCUCUGGCUUCCAAAGGAUACCGCUAGUGGUCACUGGUGGGAUCCUAGCGAUCUACAUAUGAUUAAGAAGAUAAACGAAAUUAAUUCCAGGUAUACCGACUACACAAUGUUCAGAAGACUCAAAGAGUGCUUGGCGAAAUCCAACUGCUCAGAGCCAGAUUGGGGCAAAGCGAAUCAAAACGGGUCGACUUCUACAACGAGAUUGGUCAAUCGCUUGGAUCAAGGAUCAAGUAGCACUUCUGUCCUCCAACCAAUGGCCAGCGAGAAUACAUACCACACCCAACAAGGAAACCUUCCAGGAGUACAUUUCUCGAAUGAUCUAGUGCUAACCAACACCUAUACUCGAUUUCCAGAGUGCGGCUUCCGUCCGAAUGGCAGCAUUGGCGCGAUUACGAAAGCUGGUAAUACCGAGACACACAAUCAGCAACUCAUUGAAUGUGUCGAGCAGCUCGAUAUUCGAUUGAUAAAGCCUCACAGCGAUUUAACGUUUCUCUACAAACAGAAUCCCGUUUACUGUGGAAUGGUUGCUCUCAGAUUAUCGACGAGCUACGACGAGGCUGGUCUUUCCCAUUCUGAUUUUCACCUCGUCAUGACAUUCGCGGCGCAUCUGUAUCAGGAAUGUGUAAGAAACAACUUCGUUCAGAAAAGAUGGCCGGCAAUGGAGACAAUUAUAGAGCUACACAAGAAGGAAAUCUUCAAUGGAACCGUGCCAAUGUCCGCAGACGAGGCAUACAAUAUAUUCUCCAAAAACUUCCACCUCUCUAAGGUUUCAAAUCAAGAAUAUAUCAGAGUGAAACCUUCACCGAGUUUGAGAAUGCCAAAACUAUCAAGAAAUGCUCUCAGUCUAGCUAUCCGUCCAUUUCUAGAGCACCAAGCAACUUUCAACGAAACCACCAAUAAUCUCCAGAACCUAGUUCAAUUCCUUCCAUUGGCAGUAGUGAUGAAUAAAAAAAAUCGGAUUGCCAAACGACAACUCACUUCGUUAUAA